AUGGCAUCCGAGUUCAUGAUCAAGAAGAUCGUGUGGUACGGCGCAGGUCGACUUGGCAGCCAGAUCCGACCACGCGUCGUUGCCACCAAAAAGUACGACAUCACUUUCAUCGGACGAAAAGAUCCUUCCGAGUAUAGAGGCAAAGUGCCAGAGGGCAUUCCAAUCGUCCAGGUCGAUCUGAAGGACCACAAAGGCCUCGUCGAGGCAUUGACUGGCGCCGAUGCCGUCGUGGUGUUCACCCACUUCGGCCCCGGGGGAGACCUCGACAUCAUCGAGAUCGCGCUCAUCAAUGCGGCCAUCGAAGCCAAGGUGAAGCUCUUCGUGCCGUCAGAAUGGGCCCCUGAUACUGCAGGCGGAAACGGGGCGACGCUGGAGAGAAUUGGACCCAAUACUCUACCACCUAGCCCGGCCAUUGCGCCGAAGAGAGUGGUGCACAACUAUCUGAUGUCCAGGUCUGCUGAGGGCAAAAUUGACUUUGUCAGUCUGCAUGUCGGCAAUUUGUUGUUGAACAUAACCCCCUUCUCACCCAUGGAUCUGAGCAAACGAAGUGCUUCCCUGGGCGAUGGUGGACACGGCCUCAUCUCUGUUUCCAGCCUUGACACACUUGGCAGAGGGUUGGACGGCCUGUUGACCAGAUACCCCAAAGUGAAGAAUAGCUUCGUCUACAUCUGCGACGGCGAGACUACCCUGCAGCGCAUCGUGAAGAGUUUUGAGGAAGCUUCCGAUACUCAAGAGCCGUGGGAAAUCACGUCAUUCUCCAUCGCCGAGAGAAAGAAGGCUGCAGACGAGAGGAUGCGAAACGGCACAUUUACGUGGGAAGAGUUUGCAGGUGUUCUCACUAUUCCGUUCACAGGAGGUUUGACCGUCUGGCAGAACCCAGAUAAUGAGAAGCUUGGGCUGGAGCCGCCAAGUGGCGACAAGGCGCAGAAGACUGUUGAUGAGCUCGUCCAAAGGCCUUUACAAUGUAUGAAGAUGUCAUAA